AUGGGUGAGCUGCUCGUCCUCGGUUCGUUGUCCGCGAUCGCCUUCCUGAACCUCCCAAAGCGCGUGGACCCUCCGGCGCAGCCGGCAUGCGAGGCUCCCGCGUCGCGCUCUGGGCCGGAUCCGAUGACGGUCACGGAGGUCACGAACGGGAGGAUGAGCGACUAUCCGGGCGUGUACAGGCGUCCGGGCUAUCACGCCGAGAACGUGCGCGACUUCGAGCGGAGAGCGGACGCCAUGUCCGCCGCGUGCAUGCCCCCCCGAGACGGGUCCCGCGCCCCGACGGGCGGGGUGGUGAAGGGGUACGUGCCGGGGCUGAAGAGGGCUACGGACGCGAUAGGGAGCAGGCGCAUGAUGGGCAGCCAGUUCGUGCCCUUCGUGAAGAAGGGCAACACCUACAACAGCUACAUCUCGGACAGGACCCUCGAGACGUUCACGGGCGGCGACGCCCUGGCGGGAGCGGUCCUGGCGGGGGAGGCGGGAUACGCCCCAGAGCAGAGCAUGUUCGCGCCGACACCCGACAGGCAGCCGGCCAAGAUGGUAUUGCGGGACGUGAGUCGCGUGAACCUCCCGAACUACUACAACAAUCAGAAGAGCGUCGAUUCCGCUCGGGUGGGCCCCGGGGUGGGCAUGCCGGCCGACCAGCUCGUCACCAACGAGGGCCUCCACCCCAUGCUGCGCAUCCUUCCGGACGCCGUGGACGAGAGCAAGCACAACCAGCUGAUGGGGGUGGUGAAGAGCGGGACGAGCGGGGUGCGUACCCAGGCGGCCCGCUUCGCGACGUUGGACGUCAACAGAGCGCACACGCUCGCCCGACGGGAGCCCGUGCCUCAGAGCUUCGCCGGGCCCAAGCCGUUCGCGUGCAGGCCCGACGACAUCUCGUCCGACGGGGUCGGGAAGAGGGGGCUCGGGAUGGCGAUAUCGGAGUCGGGCGGGCGCUUAGGAGCGGCGUCCUCUCACGUUCCCGCGCACGAGCCGCGCUGCUCGGGGGAGCGGGACCCCAGGCGACGUGCGGUGGGGCCCGAGGACGUGUUCGCGUCCGGGGGUGGGCUCAACGCCGCGUCGGAGACGGCUCAUGCGGCCGGGGCGUACGUGCAUGGGACGGGGCCGCGCCGAGACCGGGACACGCGAGAGGUCUCGACCCCGCUCGCUUUCGGCCAGCCCGGCCAGCAGCUGUCGAGGGGUUACGUGCAGGGGAGCCAGGGCAAGCCGUUCGGGAACCGUGCUGCGGACUCCGUGCUCGGGCUGACGAUGGACGGCGUAGGCAGACGCGGGCAGGUGGGCGGAGCGUCCAAGGUCACCUCGAACGGGUGCGCCGUGCGGACGCAGCGAGGGCUUCCCGCGGAUCAGCGCACCGAGUACGGGAGAGCGCCGAUCGGGGCCGGUACCCUGGGCCCAUGGGACGCCGUGCCGGAGAACAACCGCAGCCUGGAUGCGUCCCGCGCCGCGUACGACGUCCGGAACGGGAACAAGGCCGGAGAGGCCGGCCCCGUCUCGGACCCCCGCACGUUCCAGCUGGCGAACGAGCGAGACACCGUGUCCCACAGGGUGUCCGGUCAGAACAGGGGCUUCAGGAACGACUCUGGCCCCGUCUUCGUGGGCGAGACGACCUGCGGCCCCACGGGACCGGUCGGACGCCUGCCGGGCGCCCGCCGGCCACCGCAGCGCAUGGGACUACGCGGCGGUCCCCUGUACGACCACGAGCCUCGCCCAGGACGGAGUCUACAACGACAGGGCCUCGCCGGGAGGCAGAGGACGGGGGAUGUCAGUCGCGUUCACGGUCACGUACCCAGAAACUUUUUUAGUCGGGAAGGCAGACACCGCGUCAUGGACCGGGCGGACGCCAUGCGAGACGUCGUGGAGAUCUCGCACUGCUUCCAGGACUGCUUCGUCUUCGGCGGGUACGUCCGGGACACGGUCAUCAACGGCGAAGCCGCGAGGGACAUCGACAUGGUGUUCUCGUCCCUGACCGACCGAGCGAUUUUCGAGCGUUUCCUGCACAACAAGUACGCCAUCGAGGUGGCCGAGGCGCGGGAGGGAUACGACUUCUUCGGUCAGAAUUUCACGUUCCGCAAGCUGAGGGUGCGCUACGGGCGGAAGGGGCCCAGCUUCGACGUGGACAUGUCGGUCAAGAGCAAGCUGGACCUGAGGUGCACGGAUCACGACUUCAGCUGCAACAAGGUCUACUUCUCGCGGACCGGCAUGGAGGUGUUCUCCUCGGACAAAGACGAUUACGUGUGUAGUCCGUUCGCGAGCGCCGUCGAAAUGAUCAAGAAGAAGGUCUUCAAGCACACGACGCGGCGCAAGGGAAUGGAGCUCACGCCCGGAAACAUGUGCAAGUACUCCGCCCGGCUCAUACAGAGGGCGGAAAAGAUGGUGAAGCGAGGCUGGACCAUGCAGAAGAGCCCGGGCAUCUUCGAGGUGAACUCCCACGGGUACAUUCGGAGAUGCCAACGCUUCGCGAACGAGAGCAGCUGCGUCGUGUGCAGCGACGACUUCAAGGAGGGGGACGCGUGCAUCGUGACCAACUGCAAGCACAUAUUCCACACGCAAUGCAUCGUGAAGUGGGUGGAGACGGGACGGUCGACGAUCACCUGCCCCACCUGCCGAUCGGCCACCCUGUUGUACGCACCGUCGACGGGCAUCACCACGAAGGCACCCUCCGCCGCCCAGCGCGCCCAGCCGGGAUACGACGACAUGGACGAAGACGAUUUCAUAGACGACGACUUCAUAGACGACGACGACGCCGAAGACGACGACGAGGAUGAGGACAGCGACUUCACCGAGACGGAAGACGAGUUGGGGCUGGACACCGACGAGGAGGGGGAGCACGUGGACGGGAUCGCUCUCGUGAUCCCCCAGAACCAGACGAUCCAGGCGACCGGGAACGGCUCCAACGGCACCACGAUCGCACGGCAGCGCUCCUCGGGGGGUGCCCCUGGGGAACGCUUCUCGGUGACAUUUUCCAUAUAA